GGGUGCAGAAAAUAAAAACAAAUUUGAUAUAUUUUUUGGUUUGCGUCUUCGGCCCAAUUAAAUAGCAGUGCCAAAAAAAAAAGGGUAAAGUUAUGUUCCCGCCAAAAGAGAAACGAUGGAAAUAAAAUAUGGAAAGAAUAACAGGAUUGCCUGUACUCGAAUAGCACACUGAAAAUGGUAGAUGAAGAAGUAGCGCCAAAAUUCCCAGGUUUUCCUUUCGAGCCCUAUUCGAUUCAGAUUGAUUUCAUGAACAGCUUGUAUGAAUCUCUCAAUGAGGGAGGCGUGUCUAUGUUGGAAAGCCCAACUGGGACAGGGAAGACCAUGAGUGUGAUUUCCAGUGCCUUGCAAUGGGUGCUUGAUAAGAGGCUACAACAGGAAGCAGUUUGUGAUGAGAAUCCGGGGAGUGGUGGUGGAGUUGGUUCAGAUGACGAACCUGAUUGGAUGAGAGACUUUGUCGUCAACAAAGUGGAGAAUAAUAAGAAGGAAGAAAAGUACGGGUCUGCGUGGGGAAAAUCUCAUAGUAGGAAAAAGAGGACGGAAAUUCGUAAGGAUUUUAGGGUUAUGGGUGCUGGAGAGGAGAAGGGGUGUGAGAGUCCGCAAAAUAAAAUUGAUGCAGUGGGUGUUACUGAUAAGGAAUUUUUAUUGGAGGAAUACGAGAGUGAAGAUGAGAGAGGGCCAGGGAGUAAUAUGUCCAAGAGGAAGACUGUUAACACCUCCUUUAGUUCCUCUAGUGAAGAUGAGUCUAGCGAAGAGGAAGAGGAGGAGAAGAAGUUGAAGGUUUAUUUCUGUAGUAGAACUCAUUCGCAGCUUUCGCAGUUCAUAAAGGAGUUGCGGAGGACUGUCUUCGCUAAAGAGAUGAAGGUUGUGAGUUUAGGCUCUAGGAAAAAUCUUUGCAUUAAUGAAGAGGUAGUUGCACUUGGAAACUCUACACGCAUAAAUGAGCGAUGUUUGGAACUUCAGAAGAAAAAGAAAAAUGAUGCUAAAAAAGUUAAGAACUUAAAAGUAGGUUCAGGGAUACGCAGAACAAAGGCCACCUCUGGCUGCCCAAUGCUUAGAAAACACAGAGUUCAACAAGAAUUUAGAAAUGAGGUAUUUCAACAAAGACCCUUGGAUAUUGAAGAUCUUGCAAAUCUCGGAAGAACUAUGGGAACUUGUCCAUAUUAUGGGUCUAGAAGCAUGGUUCGAAGAGCUGAUCUUGUUGUCCUACCAUAUCAAUCUCUUCUUUCAAAAUCAUCUCGUGAUGCCCUCGGCCUGAAUUUGAAAUCCAAUAUUGUUAUAGUAGACGAGGCUCAUAAUUUAGCUGAUUCACUCAUCAACAUGUAUGACUCCAAAAUUACUUUAUCACAGCUGGAGACUGUGCACAACCAUUUGGAACGGUACUUUCUGAGAUUCCGGAGUCUUUUGGGUUCUACUAAUAGGAGAUACAUUCAAACUCUCAUGGUCCUCACACAAGCAUUUCUCCGAGUACUUCUUGAUGAUAAAGAUGGAAACCUUAUAGAUUCUUGCCGUGAUAUAGAUCAAGCUUCUGAAAAAAGUAGCUCCGAUUUUACUAUGGCCAUCAAUGAUUUUUUAUUUGAACAAAAUAUAGACAAUAUCAACUUGGUCAAAUUGUUGAAAUACAUUAAAGAAAGUAAUAUCAUGCACAAGGUUAGUGGUUAUGGAGAAAAGUUUGCUGCCAUGGCAAAGAUACCAGCACACCAUAACAUCGAGCAACAUGCCGAGGAGGGAAGCUGUCUAUCUGCUUUCCAGGCCUUAGCUAACAUGUUACUAUCACUGACAAACAAUGAUGGUGAUGGAAGGAUAAUAAUUUCCAGGUUCAGGUUAACAAGCCUGAAGAAGCAAGGAGGAUAUCUGAAGUAUGUUAUGCUCAGUGGAGAGAAGAUUUUUUCUGAGAUUGUAGAUGAAGCACAUGCCGUUGUAUUAGUAGGGGGAACACUUCAACCAAUAGAAGAGACUAGGGAGAGACUGUUUCCAUGGUUACCACCAAACCAGUUGCAUUUCUUUUCAUGUGGGCAUAUUGUUCCUCCAGAUAGCAUUAUGCCAAUUGCUGUUGCACGGGGGCCUACUGGACGCACCUUUGAUUUUAGCUUCAGCUCCAGGAGCUCACCAGACAUGAUGAGAGAACUGGGUCUUUUGCUGUGUAAUCUGGUUACUGUGGUUCCGGAAGGAAUUGUUGUCUUCUUCCCAUCUUUUGAUUAUGAAAAUAGAGUCUAUGAGCAUUGGGAAUUAUCUGGCAUCCUUGAAAGGAUUACAAAGAGGAAGCGUGUCUUUAGGGAGCCAAGAAAUAACAUGGACGUUGAAUCCGUUCUCAAGGAAUAUAAAGAUACCAUUUAUACAUUAUCGGGUAUGAAUUCAGAAGUAAACCAAGCAUCUUGUAGUGGUGCAAUACUCCUUGCUGUUGUUGGUGCGAAGUUAUCUGAAGGGAUCAACUUAAGUGAUGGGAUGGGCCGAUGUAUAGUCAUGGUUGGACUACCCUAUGCUAGUCCAUCUGAUAUAGAGUUGUUGGAGAGGAUAAAGCACAUUGAUCGUUUUCAAAAUCUAAAGCUUGAUAAUUCUAGCGUUUCUACGAGUUAUGAUCUAUACAGUGGACAUGUUGAAGGUGGUUUUGCUGUCUUAAGAAGUUGCACUCACAGAGGAAAAGAGUACUAUGAGAAUCUCUGCAUGAAAGCUGUAAAUCAAUCAAUAGGUAGAGCUAUCCGUCACAUUAAUGACUAUGCAGCAAUUUUGUUGGUUGAUGUAAGAUACACAUCUGAUUCCUCAAAACGGAGUAUGGCUCACCCAGUCACCAAGCUCCCGCAGUGGAUAAAAGAUCGUCUUGUUUCUUCUAUUAGCUAUGGUGAGGUACAUAGGUCCUUGCAUCAGUUUUUCAAACUCAAAAAAACAUGCUGCCGAUAGUCCCUUUAGCCGAUCCUGUUAGCAGACUAUAAAUAGUUCAAGCUGUUAGCACAUUUAAGAUACAAAAAUGAGUUCCCAACUGCAAAUUUGUCCAACUCUAGUUGGCUUAAUUGGCCGAUACACUUAUUCAUCUGAGGAUGCAUGCAAACCCACAAAGGUGGCCAUUAUCCCACUGACUGAUACACUUUUUUAUGGAAGUUUUACUAUUCUUCUAUUUAACAUUUUAUCUCUGCAAGGGAUAUCUGGAGUCAGUUUUAGAAUUGCAGAACACCCAAGCCAUUUUGAAGUUGCGUUAUUAUCACCAAAAGUGCAUAUCCAACAUUAUUUAUACUUAGUAGAAAUAUGGGUGUCAAAAUGGAUUAAUUCAAUCUGUUUAAACCUGGCCUAAUGAUAUUGCUUUG